UCACUUCCGUGUUUGGGUAUUGUACUUAGCCGGGGGUUGCCAGGGUUGAGUCUUUCACACUCUCCAUUUUUCUUCUGACUGUUCUGGCUGUGUAUCCCUUGAAAGAAGACCAAUAAUUAUUACACUUCAGAAAAUGAAGAUGGAGAGAGAAGAUAGAACGAUAAGAGAAGACAGUAUUGAAGGUGGGACAGAACUGGUGGAUGUCUUUAGGAUACUCUCAGAUUUACCAAAGGAGAGACUGCAAAGCCUGACGUUAAAGAUGGGCAACAGCCCAGCUGAGAAGCUCACACAUGCCAUGUCCCUUAUUAGUCUUAGUAGAGGGACAGAGGCCCUGGAUAAGCUCCAGACCCUAGAAGGAAAUGGCAUUGCUAAAUAUCUGUUUGAAAGGGUAAACAUUUGUGGAGUGACGUUAAAUAACUUCAGAGUGGACAGAACAGCAAUGGCAGAAGACAACUUAAUAGAUCUGGCCAGGAUUUUCAAGUUGUUGGCUGAGGAGAGGUUGUGCGAAACAUUUCUAAGAGAUUGUGCAUAUAAGAGAGCCCUUAAAGCUUGCAGGCACACAGAAGGUACUUGUAAGGAAGGUCAAAAGUACACACACUUGGAUCAGCUGAAAAAAGAAGCAAAAAAGGUCCGUGGUCCUUGGAUUGAAGAUGUCAUUCAAGAUACAUUUUCCUUCAAGAACUUACCAUCAAGAGAGUACUGUUCUCCAUUAAAUGAAUCAAAUACAGCUUUGAGCAACCAAAGUCUGCCUUCUUCUCUACAGACGUACAUCUCCCAAGGUCUCCCCACUCAUUUAGAGAUCAGUGUAUCUGAAGAUAAAAUAUUUUCCAAGCUCCCACCUAAUCAGGUGGAAUCACCUGCUGCACGUUGUUUUGAUUAUACAGAAAAAGAUGCAUUACAAUACUACAGUAAAUCUCAGGUGACAAAUGGACCUCCACCUGUUAACAAAGUUAAUACAUCCAUCUCACCUCACAUUCCCUCUUCUUCAGCUCAGAAUUGUUUCCCCUCCAUCAAAACGGAGACAAAUCCGAACACUUUUCCAAAAUGUAAAAUAAAUGUGGAGGAAGAAGAGUCAGUCUUUUACUCAUUUGUGAUCCUGCAUGCUGAAGAGGAUAUAGAUUUGGCUGAAAGGCUGAAAGAAAAAUUAGAAUCUCUGAACAUUGGUUUAGGAGCAACUUUCUCCCAGGACUUUGCAAUCCCUGGCAGGAGCACUCUUACGUGCAUAGAAGAAGCCAUUGACAACUCAGCCUUCACUCUUCUGCUACUUUCGAGUAACUUCAACACCCGUCUUCUGGAAAUUGAAACUAAUUCAGCUCUAAUGAACUCUAUUAACAACCGACAUAAGUACAACACUGUCAUCCCUCUGCACCCAAAAGAAAAUUGUAUGGUCAAAGAAAGAAUGCCAAAACUUCUGCAGAUUUUGGUUCCAUUAAAAGAGAAUGAGAUGUUUGAGAAAAAAGCAAAAAAAGCCAUCAACCCAGCAAAGAUUGAAGAUCAGAGGCAAGUGUGGAGGGAAGAGCAAAGGGUGAAGGAACAAAUGAGGAGAAAAGAGAGAACGCGUGAAGAUAUCAAGCUACAAAUGGAUUUAAUCCGUGAAAGCAAGGAGGCUGAUAAGCUACAGCAGGAAUGGAAGCUUAAUUUGCCACUGGGUGAACUCAACAUCCAACAUUCCUUGACAUCCCCUAGACCUAAUAUUCAUAUUGAGAAUGCUAGUUAUAUAAUAAUUGGUAAUGAUUCCAAAAUGACGGUGGGUUUAGAUAGGAAUAGUUUUGGGGACAAUGAUUAGUUAACAUGUUAGUACAGUUAAGUUUAUAUGAGAGAAAAGGGAACUUUUAUUGUUUUAUGAAUAUAAUGUUGAGUGUACAAAUGUGUUUAGUCCAUGUGAGGUUGGCAUGUAAUCUACAGAUGUAACAAUUAUGUCCAUUCGCUUUAGUCAUUCUGCAACUAUUUUGCUUUCAGGGGAGUUUCAACUGAAUUCAUUGAAAUACAAAACAAAAUCGGUAUAUAAUGCAGGCUUAAGCAGCAUAUCGUGACACAUUUUGGUUCUGCAGUUUACCACUUUGAGUUUAGCAGGAUAUCAAAACUAUAUCAGUCAAGACUUCUCACUUACGUAUUGAUUAGAGCAGGGGUUCCCAAUCCUGGGGUCUCAUUUAUAAAGCUUGCGUACGCACAAAACGGGGCUGAAAAUGUGCCACUUUCCACGCAAAGGUUGUGAUUUAUAAAAAACAAACUUGACGGGAGAAUGUGCGGUCCUCCACGCAAACUCUGACCCUCCCGUAGGCCUAUGCACAUUUUGGAAACAGUUGGAAUUGGCGACGCAGAUGACCGUACUGUAGUCAGACUGCAGAAAUUGAAUGUGGGAAGAACAUUAGGCCUACUCGUAAUAUUUAUAUAUUUGGUUUUACUUGUACACGUUUUUUUCAUUCAAUUUCAUGUUUAUUAUGAAGAUUACAUCCAGCUGUGUUAGUUGCGCUUAUACUGAGUGAUAAUUGUUCCAUAAAAACCUUGUACAAUCUUACUCAAAUUUUAAAUCAGAAUUCAGCGCUUCCUUACCAUCAGAUUGUCCACUACGGGGGUGCAGGAGGGGGAGAUUCCCCGACUGCAUGGAAUACAGGAUAACAUCACAUAGCCUAUGCUACCUUUAGAUAACUGCAGAACACAGUGUAUAACUAAAUAUAUUUAUUUAAUACUGAGCAAAUAUCCUCAUGUGUCAAAAACUGAAAAAUCCACAAAAAAAAAAAAAAAAAAGAACGUUAAACGCUGCAGCGUUUAGUU